AUGAGUCAUCCACGAGAUCAGCACCCUUUCAUCCGACAUCAGUUGGAUUCGAGAUUCUCCUUUCAAUCGGACAAUGGUGUUGACAAUAAUGGUGAUGUUUCUGGAGUGGAAUUGGAUGCAGUGCAUCGGGCCGUGGCACGAGAACCGUGGUAUCAUCAAACUCUUUCCAUUGUCGUAGUUGGAGCCUCGGGCGAUUUGGCCAAAAAGAAGACCUACCCUUCCUUACUCAACUUAUUCGAAGAUAAUCUACUUCCAGAAUAUACUGUCAUUUGGGGAUAUGCUCGCUCCGUCAAGACGCAUCAGCAAUUGAGAGAUCACUUGUUUCCUCACCUCAUUCAAACGGGGGCUUCUGAAAUUGUGGUCAAGGAUUUCUUGGCCAAGUGCUUUUAUCAUUCUGGCAAAUCCUAUGGCGACGAAGCGGCCUAUGCGGAAAUGAUUGCUUCCAUCCAACAAUUCGAAUCGCAAUCUCCCAGUCCCACCUGCAAUCGAUUGUUUUAUUUGGCCAUUCCCCCAAAUGUCUUUGGUGACUCGGCCGUGGCCAUCAAACAGGUCGGCAUGGCAAUUGGCAAUGGCUCGUGGACCCGAGUGAUUAUUGAAAAGCCCUUUGGUCGGGAUUUGGAAACCUGCAAUGAACUUUUGGAGACCUUGGCGGCGGAAUUGACAGAAGAUCAAAUGUAUCGCAUUGAUCACUAUUUGGGGAAGGAAGUCGUUCAAAACCUUUUGAUGUUCCGCUUUGGAAACUCCUGCUGGGAGCACAUGUGGAAUCGAAACGUCAUUGAAUCUGUGACUUUGUCCUUCAAGGAACCCUUUGGAACCGAAGGUCGUGGUGGAUACUUUGACAACUUUGGUAUCAUUCGAGACAUUUUGCAGAACCAUCUCUUGCAGGUUCUUUCCGUCGUGGCAAUGGAACCACCUCUUGGUGAUGAUGGAGAUUCCAUUCGCAAUGCCAAACUUGCCGUUUUGAACAAGAUGGAUCCAAUUUCACUGGACGAUGUCAUGUUGGGUCAAUACGAUGGAUAUUCCGAUGAUCCAACCAUUGAAAAUAAAGACACCAACUGUCCCACUUACGCAGCUAUUCGAUGCUGGAUUCACACACCUCGAUGGGAGGGAGUUCCUUUUCUCAUGCAAGCUGGAAAAGCACUGGACGAGAAACUCUGCGAAGUCCGAGUCCGCUUCAAGCCCCCUACCACCUUGAAAUCGAUUGGUGCCAACAACGCCACCAAGUUAUGCUCCAAUGAAUUGGUCUUUCGACUCCAACCCAAUCCAAGUCUGGAAUUGCACAAUAAUAUCAAGACGCCUGGACUUCCCAGCAACCCCAUGGCAAGCAUCAUGAAAAUGAAUUAUGAAGAGAUGCCUAACUUGUCCAACCCCGAUGCUUAUACGAGACUUUUGCUAGAUGUCUUGCGCGGAAAGCAAGGCUCCUUUGUCCGUGAUGAUGAAUUGAGGAGAUCGUGGGAGUUAUUCUCACCUCUCCUCCAUUCCAUCGAACGGGAUAACAUUCGUCCCAAGCCUUAUGUUUAUGGCUCCAAGGGACCGGCAGAUCGCCACAGGUGGUUUGACGAAAUGGGAAAGUCUCAGGACCCACUUGCGACUGCCAGCGCUACUCAUCCAAUUCGUGCAUCCUUGUAA